UGUGUGCGUGUGUGUCUAACAUGUAACACACAACUUUUUUUUUUUUUCUUAAAAGGGUAGUAGGAGAGUAAAGGUCUGGAAGUCAGAUGGGAGGGGGCCGCGGGCUCUUUCUCUCUCCCUCCCCCCUCGCCGUUUCCCCGCUUGAUUCAACCUGGAAGCGUCUUGGGUUUGAUAGGGACCCCAGACUCAAUCUUUCAGAAGGCCUGGAAACAAUAAAAAAAGAAAGGAAGGAAGGAAAACCCAGCGAGCAGGGGCGCUGCCGAGAUGGAAAGAGGUCUUUUGAAGCCGACAAUCCUUUGAAGGAUUAAAAACAAAACAACAACAACACGGCGACCACGAAAUUGUGACCAACAUGUAUGAAACGGAGGCAGAGCUCCUCGCCGGCGAAAGCGGAGAGGAGGAGACGGAGGACAGCGUCAUGUCCCCCAUCCGCGUCGGACCACCCUCCCCUUUCCCCACGGGCGAGGACUUCAAUCCCAAAGAAGGCUCCCCGUACGAAGCCCCCGUCUACAUUCCGGACGAUAUCCCGAUCCCGCCUGACUUUGAGCUGAGAGAAUCCUCCAUUCCAGGAGCCGGACUGGGCAUUUGGACCAAAAAGAAGCUGGACGUUGGAGAGAGAUUCGGGCCGUACCUGGCUUUUCCCAGGACGAUGUUGAAGGAGACCAACUUUGGAUGGGAGCAAAUGCUGACGGAUUCCGAGUCGGGCCUGCAAGACGGCUGCAUCAAAAAGAUUGGCGAGGAGCUGGACCUCAGCAAAUUCUGCAUGGAUGCCAACCCAACGUCCAGCGGGAACUGGUUGAAAUAUAUCCGGGUCGCUCGUUCGAGCGAAGAACAAAAUUUAGUGGUGUGUCCCAUUAAUGACCAGAUUUAUUAUAAAGUUAUUAGAGAAACAGAGCCGGGAGAAGAGCUGCUGAUGUACGCGAAAGAAGGAACCUUGUCUGCUGAAAACCUGCCGCCCAAUUUGGAAGAAGUUCACACAUUCCGUUGCGAGGACUGUGACGAGCUCUUCCAGUCGAAAAUGGAGAUGAGGCGGCAUAAGAAAUAUUCCUGCCAUGCCGUCGGAUCUCUGUACGAGUCCCUGACGGAGGAGAUCAAGCAGGAAGGAGGGAUGGAGGACGAACCGGUCCACGAAUGCAAAGACUGUGAAAGGAUGUUUCCGAACAAGUACAGCUUGGAACAGCACAUGAUCAUCCACACGGAAGAAAGGGAAUACAAGUGUGACCAGUGUCCCAAGGCCUUCAACUGGAAGUCCAACUUGAUCCGUCACCAGAUGUCACAUGACAGUGGCAAAAGAUUUGAGUGUGAAAAUUGCGUGAAGGUUUUCACGGACCCCAGCAAUCUCCAAAGGCACAUUCGCUCUCAGCACGUCGGCGCGCGGGCGCACGCUUGCCCAGACUGCGGGAAGACCUUCGCCACCUCUUCCGGCCUCAAACAACACAAGCACAUCCACAGCACUGUGAAGCCUUUCAUAUAUGCUUUAGGCGAGGUCUGCCACAAAUCCUACACGCAGUUCUCCAACCUCUGCCGACACAAGCGCAUGCACGCCGACUGCCGGACUCAGAUCAAAUGCAAGGACUGUGGGCAGAUGUUCAGCACCACCUCCUCGCUCAACAAACACCGGCGGUUCUGCGAAGGCAAGAACCACUACAACCCCGGAGGCCUUUUUGCACCAGGUUUGCCUCUGACGCCCAGCUCCAUGAUGGACAAGUCUAAGGCAUCGCCCAACCUCAAUCAUGCCGGACUCGGCUUCGGCGAGUACUUCCCCUCCCGGCCACACCCGGGAGCACUCCCGUUCUCGCCUGCUCCCCCUGCGUUCCCGGCUCUCGCCCCUGGGUUUCCAGGUAUCUUCCCUCCCUCGCUGUACCCGAGGCCGCCUCUCUUGCCCCCCACACCCCUGCUCAAGAGCCCCAUCAACCACACCCAAGAGGCCAAACUCCCCAGCCCUCUCGGCCACUCUCCGCUCCCGCUGAUGUCCGCCAUCAGCAACAGCAGCCACCCGCUACCUGUGGAGGAGAGGUUCAACAGCACCCCUUUGGGGAACUCCUACUUGGAGAAGCUCAAAGCCAGGACUAGUGACUUGUCAGACGCCAGUGACUUUGAGGACGUCAACACUACGACGGGCACCGAUCUGGAGACCACCACCGGCACAGGCUCGGACUUAGAGAGCGACGCGGAGAGUGAGCAGGAUAAAAUGAAGGAGAAAAGCAAAGCUGGGGAGAGCAAGCCGGAUUUUGGGAGCGGUUCGGUCCCCACCAGUUCUGCCAACAACAUGAGCGAUCUCCCCAUCUUCUACUCCCAGCACACAUUCUUCCCUCCGCCCGAGGAUCAGCUGCUCCCGAUGAUGGGGGCCGCGAACGAUUCCAUCAAGGCCAUCGCUUCGAUUGCCGAGAAAUACUUUGGGCCCGGAUUUAUGGGUAUGCAAGAGAAAAAAAUGGGGACUCUUCCCUAUCAUUCCAUGUUUCCCUUCCAGUUCCUUCCCAACUUCUCCCACUCGGUCUACCCUUUCACGGAGCGAACCCUCAACCACAGUUUGAUGGUCAAAGCCGAACCAAAGUCGCCCCGGGACCUGCACAAAAUCGGCGGGCCCUGCUUGGAGUCGCCCUUCGACCUUACCACCAAGCCGAAAGAGAGCAAAGUGGCCCAAGUCCUGCCCGCCCGCCACGCCGGCGAGGAACAGCCUCUAGAUCUCACCAUCAGCAGCCGCAUCCGGGCCAGUCAUAACGGGAGUCGGGAUUCCCGAAAGAACCACGUCUACGGUGAGAGGAAGCUGGUGGCCAGCGACGGGAUCCCGAAGAUGACUGAAGCUCAGAUGCUUCCUCAACCUUCCCUGCAUUACGCUAAGCCCUCCCCUUUCUUCAUGGACCCCAUCUACAGCAGGGUGGAGAAGCGGAAGGUGGCUGACUCAGUUGGAGCACUCAAGGAGAAAUAUCUGAGACCUUCACCGCUGCUUUACCACCCUCAGAUGUCAGCCAUCGAAACCAUGACGGAGAAAUUGGAGAGUUUUGCUGCCCUGAAGACAGACGCCGGGGGGGCUCCCUUGCCGCCCCUCCCUCACCACCCCUUCAACUUCCGGUCGCCCCCUCCCACUUUAUCCGACCCCAUUUUGCGCAAGGGCAAAGAACGUUAUACCUGCAGAUACUGUGGUAAAAUCUUUCCGCGUUCGGCCAACCUCACCAGACAUCUCCGAACACACACAGGAGAACAGCCUUACCGGUGUAAAUAUUGCGACCGGUCAUUCAGCAUUUCGUCCAACCUUCAGCGCCAUGUCCGGAACAUCCACAAUAAGGAGAAACCCUUCAAAUGUCAUCUCUGCAAUCGCUGCUUCGGCCAGCAGACAAACCUGGACCGGCACUUGAAAAAACACGAGCACGAAAAUGUUCCAGUAAGCCAGCAUGCCGGAGUCAUUACAAACCACUUGGGGAACCACGCAUCUUCACCAGCCUCCGAAUCGGACCACCAUGCACUUUUAGACGAAAAAGAAGACGCCUAUUUUUCCGAAAUCAGAAACUUUAUUGCAAACAGCGAGAUGAACCAGUCGUCGGCUUUAUCAGAGAAAAGGACGCCUGAAAUCCGGAACGCCGACGGCGCCCCCCACGGUCUUCCGAACGACAAAGGAGAAGACGUUGACGAGGAAGAGGACGAACUGGAAGAGGAAGACGACGACAGCCUGACGGGGAAGUCUCAAGACGAGACGGUGUCGCCCGCCGCCGAGCCACAAGGAGGGUAUGAGGAAGAGGAGGAAGAAGAAGCCACCUCCCUCACCAUGAGCUUUAACCGUGCCCAGAGGUGUACUGAGGAGAACGAAGCCGGCUUGUUAGAUUUGGAACAGAUGUCGCAGUUUGGGAAGGGGCUGGACCUCCACCAGGCCUCCGAGGAAGCUUUUGACGUUAAAGCUGUCUAUAAUUCCACCUUAGAUUCGGAGGCACUAAAACAAACUCUGUUCAGGCAGGCAAAAAACCAGGCUUACGCAAUGAUGUUGACCCUUACCGAGAACGCCCCCUUCCAUCCUUCCUCCCAGAAUCCCCUGGAUGCCUGGUUGAACAUGGCUGGAGCUGCCUCCGAGCCAGGAGCCUUCAACUCCGUCGGCCAUCUCUGAGACGCUCGAGGAGGGUGGGCCCCCGCCAGGAUGCCCAGCGAAGGAGGCCGAGGUGCCGCCCGUUGGCCCUCUCCCCAGCGAGCGGAAGAUUGGCAGAAGGACCCUGGGGCAGGAGAAACCCCUCCCCACCCCCCGCGGACAGCUCUCUUUCUCAUCGGUCGAGCCCACCCACCGAACAGACCUCGCCGUUGCGUUGUGGGAGAACGUGGGCUUCCGGUGAGGGAGACGCCAGGUGGAGGACCCCCACGACCCUCCCCAUCCAACCCUCUCCAUGUUACAGACCAUGCUGCUGAGCCAUCCAAGAUGCACUUGUCCCCAGACCCCAACCCUUCUCCCUUUGAAGCCCCCAGACCUGCCUGUCCUGUCCAGGACUGUGACAACAAUGGUGACCUUCUAUCUCAAGAUGUUCUCCUGGAGAUCGCCGUGCUGAGGACCACGUUGACUCUCUCUCACUCUCUCUGCCCUCUGUUGUUCUCUUCCCCUGAGGUCCACGUGCAUCCCUCGUACCCCACUUCCUCCAGGAACUUCCUGCAAAUUCCACAUUUCCUGUGUCUGAUGGACAACUUCCCAGUGUUCAAGUCCAUGUUCUUCUUUCAUGGCCCGUAACUUUUUCUACCCGGGCUUCAACAGGCAAACUCUUUUCACUGCUUCCUAGACCUGUUGGUCUUCUGAAUUGAGAGGCCCGGGACAGUGGGCUGGGUAAAACAAAAAUUUUAAUUUUAAUUUUUAGGGGUUCAACUGCCUAAAUUAAUCCUCUCUCCGACUGAUCUCGAUUAAGCGAAGGCAAGCUUGGUUCGGCCGGCGAGAGAAAGAAGAGUUUGCGGUGCCAAGUUUUCAUAUUUCCAGCCCCACCUUCCCUCCACAGAAAAAAAGAUUUAUCCCCCCCCCCCAACUUAUCCUUAUUCUUAGGAAUUUCCUUUGGAGAUGUUCUGGAUCAGGCUGGUAGUAAUUAUUCUAAAUUUUCUUCCCUGCCUGGGCCUUUUCUCCCUCUUCUGAAAGAAGAAUUAAUCUUGAGAAUUUCAGCCACGAUAAUCAGCAAAUGUUCUGCAAAAAUUCUUUGGAAAAUAAAUAAAUGAAUAUAGAAGACAGACCAAAUUGUCUUUCAUCCCACAUAGAGAAAUGCAAAGAAUCGUAUUUUCUAGCACUCCUAACCAUGCCACGAAUUAAACGGUGGUUGAUUAGAACUCUACGUUCUAUAUUUUUUUUCUUCUCCUUCUCCUUCUCCUUCUUCUUCUUCUUCUUCUUCUUCUUCUUCUUCUUCUUCUUCUUCUUCUUCUUCUUCUUCUUCUUCUUCUUCUUCUUCUUCUUCUUCUUCUUCUUCUUUCCUUCCUUCCUAACUACCAUCAUGUUAGCUUCCAUCCGAUCUUCUUUCUCUGUCACAGCCAGGAAGGUGCAAAUAAACUUCAAAUUUAGCUUGGGUCAAUUGUGAGCGUAAUGUUGCACUCAGAGAUCAGAGAGACUCACAACGCAAGAAGCGAGGAAAUUUAAUUUCACUGGUGUUUCUUCUAUUUAAAAAAGCGACUUUUCUCAUUAGACUCCAGAUGUGGAGGGCAGAUGUGUGCAAAUGGGUUUGGGGGAAUUUUUUUUAUUUGGUUUAAAUUUUUUUUCCCCCUUUGGGCUUCCAGAUUUGCAGACCCCUUCAGAUCUCUCCUGCCCACCUCGCCAGUGGUUUUUUUUUUUCAAAGCGGUUCGAGACCAAGGUCAGUGAGACCGAAUUUUGACCGAUGCAAAUCCAGCCUUCUCGGUUUACCUGGGCUGGUUUCAGCCCCAAAUUUACCUGGAUGCGAUUAAAAGAGUGACUUUAAAACUGUUUCUGCUGCGCCCACCCACCCACCCACUCCGCAAAAAAAAAAUUAUAAAUAAAUGUCUGUGACUUCCGAUCCCAUGAAUUCAACUAGUCGUUUCAUUGGUUGUUAGCGUUGGCAAAAUAAAAAUAAAAAUAAAAAAUGAAACAUGCCACUUUUAA